AUGGUCGUCUCCAGCAUUUCAAGCCCGCUGCGUCUGCGGCUGAUCAUCGGGUCCUGCAUUCUCUUUCUCCUUAUCCUUGUGGCCCUGCCGUCAAGCGGCCGAUCUCCACCGGUCUCACCAGCACGUUCAAGAUAUUUCCAAAGUAUGGCUGCUGUUCCCUCAGAUUACACCAGGGAUCAGGGCGAGACUCCCUUCUGCGCCAGUCUCUACGGCAUCAAGUACCUCGAGGAUCUUCGAGACAGCGCCUUUGUCCAGUCUACCCCUGAAUCACAGUCGACCCUGAUCACCUUCUGCAAUUCAACCGCAAAGGAUCAGAUUGACUCCAUGUUCAUCGCCAAAGAUGUCAAAUACCGGUCAGACAUCAAGAAGUUCGCUCUCUCUGGACAAUUUCGGGAUCUUGGCUGGACCGAACGGAGGGUUCAACUUCGACCUCGCCCCGAUGACUUCGCGAGAUACAUGUAUGACACUGGUCCCGGCCCAGUCUUCAAGCAGGCAAUCUUGAUGGACCGAGAUCUCUCCCUCGAGUCUGAAGAGCUGGAGUCGCCCAAAAGCUUUACGAUUCUCGUCAAACGCGAAGGCGAGGGAAACAUCUGGCACUGCUUGAUGGAGAUCAUGAGUCUGACCAUGACGAUCGAUGUCCUCAAAAUGACCAUCGACCCUGAGACCAAGAAGCCCUUCCUGUCUGACGAGGACGCCGAGAACACUCAAGUCGUCAUCCUCGACGACAAGGAUGAGGGCCCGUUCUUCAGCAUGUGGCAGAUGUUUGCUCGCAAGCCUGUGCUCCGCCUAGGCGAGAUCGAGAACCGGUCCGGGUUGACGAAUGUGAUUGUGCCGCUGGCCGGCGGUGGAAAUCCAUUCUGGUCAGGAACCUGGAAAGUACACCCAUGUGGCCGGUCCGACCUCAUUCGAGUCUUUGCGCAGAGGGUCUACGAGCACUUUGGGAUCAACUAUCAGAAGGAGCGCGAGGGCGAAGUCGUCGUCACCUUCAUCGAUCGAGCCCAGACGAGAAAGCUCGUCGAUCAGGAUGCAAUUCUGGAAGCCCUCAAGCUCCAAAACUUGAAGAUCGACCUGCGAGCCGUGGAUCUGGCCUCGCUCAGCUUUCCCGAGCAGAUCAAGGCCAUACGCGAGACUGACGUCCUCGUUGGCGUCCACGGUGCGGGCAUGACACACGCAAUGUUCCUUAAGGAGGGCUCCGCUGUCGUCGAGAUCCUCCCGGCGGAAGUCUUCCACAAGGGCUUCCGGAACCUCGCUGUGAUGAUGGGCCACACCUAUCUCAGCAUGCACGCCAAGGAAAACAUCAAGGACGACGACGAUGUCUUCCGGGACUGGCACGGCGACAACAUGAGGAUAGACCAGGCUAAGUUCUUGGAGACUGUCUCGAUCGCCGUCAAGACGAUGUACAACAAGGGCUGGCGCAGCUGGGAUGCGGUCGGCCCUCUCGAUGGGGGUGCAGGAGACGGAUAA